UCUUUAUGGAUUAUCGAUUCUAUUCAAAGUUGUUGUUAAGGUUUGUUGUUAUGAUUAUCACUAUGAAUAAAUGGUGUAUAGCCAAUUCAUUCAUAGUGCAUGGUAGCCAAAAUAAUCAAACUGAAUGGGUAAGAUAUCCAUAUAAAUCAGUUUAUGGAUUACCAAAUUCAUUGAAUUGUAGUGAAUCGAUUACAGAUCGAUUUUAUGAAUGUGAAAAAUCAUCACAUGAUAGUUGGAAAAUCUCAGUUGAUGAAUAUUUUUAUGAAACAAAAAAAUUCUGCUGUUUCAUUUGGCAAACAAUGAAUUGCGAAUUGAUUGUAGCUGCAGAAUGUAAUGAACAAUAUUCGAAAAAAAUAGAAUCAAAUACACGAGAUACAUUUAAAAAAGUAUGUGAUCAAGUUAUUGGUACUAAUUAUGGUUGGCAUUGUUGGUUUACAGAAAAUAGAAUAGUUUGGGCUGGUAUUAUAGCUGGAGCGAUUCUGCUUUUCAUUACAGUGGUCUGUGUAUUUGUUGGAUUAAAAAUUCAUAAUAAUAAUAAAAUCAAACAACUUCAAAAAGAUCCUAUUCCCCAAAAAAUUCCUUUUCCCGAUAAAAUUAUAAUUCCAAAAUACGGAAAAAGUGAAAUUGGAAAUAUGGAUAGUUUUUUGAAAAACGUUGAUAGACUAAAAGCAUUUACACCUGAACAGCUUACAGAGGCAAUGAUCAAAUCAAAAUUGAUUUAUCCAUCACCAACAUCACAAUCAACAAUAUUAUCACCACAACAAUCAAUUACGCAGCCAUCAACACCAACACCAACAUCGGCACCGGUACCGGCACCAACACCAACCAUAACACCAACAUCGGCACCGGCACCAUCACCAACCAUAACACCAACACCAUCAUUAGCAUCAAUAAAAUCAUCAUUAUCUCUUUCUGAAUCAACUAAAAUAAAAGAUAUAUCACAAGACAUAACAGAUUCAAUAUUACAAAUAAACAUUGAUCCAAAUACAAAUACGAAGCUAUUAUUUUUGAGUAUUACAAUAUAUUCUAUUCGAAUGAUUGAAUUGUUCUUUAUGGAUUAUCGAUUCUAUUCUAAAUUGUUAAUGAUUAUUGUUAUAAUCAUCACUGUGAAUAAUGUGCGUAUGGCCAAUAGUGAUAAUUCAUUUAUUUUGCAUGGUAGACAAAAUAAUCAAACUGGAUGGGAUAUUGUACAAUAUCCAUAUAAAUCAGUUUAUGGAUUACCAAAAGCAUUGAAAUGUGUUGAAUCGAUUAGAGAUAGAUUUUAUGAAUGUGAAAAAUCAUUUCAUAGAAAAUGGGAAAUCGCUGUUGAUGAAUAUUUUUAUGAAACAAAAAAAUUCUGCUGUUUCGUUUUGGAAACAAUGAAUUGUGAAUCGGAUGCUGCAAAAAAUUGUAAUGAAGAAUAUUCGAAAAAAAUAGAAUCAAAUACACUAGAUACAUUUAAAAAAGUAUGUGAUCAAGUUAUUGGUUCUAAUUAUCGUUGGCAUUGUUGGUGGACAGAAGAAAGAAAAGUUUGGGCUGGUAUUAUAUCUGGAGUAAUUCUGCUUUUUGUUGCAGCUUACUGUGUAUUUGUUGGAUUGAAAAUUCAUAAGCAUAUGAAAGACAGAAAAUUGGAAGCAUUAAUAAUUCCCAAAACAAGAGUCAAUCCAAAUAAAGGAAAAACUACAGUAGACAAGCUUAAAAAUAUUCAAAAAAUAAUGAAAAAUUUAAAACCUGAAGAGCUAAAAAGAGCAAUGGAUGAAGCAAAAUUAACAUCGAUAUCGCCAACAACAACAACAACAACAAAAUCACCAAUAACACCGAAAACAGUUUCGUCAACAACAACAACAAAAUUACCAAUAACACCGAAAACAGUUUCGCCAACCACUACUAACAUUGACAAAAAUUAUAUUAAUCAAAGAUAUAAAAUUCUUAGUGAUAAAAUAGCAAAUUAUUCACAAAAAGUAGCAGAAUUACAUUCGGAUAAAUUUUUACGACAUUACAAUAAAUUGAAUAAUCAAAUAGUGGAUUAUUCACAAAAAUUGAAUACAUUAUUAGAUCAUAAUAUUUCAUCAUUAAAAUGA